AUGACCUUGCCAGAGUAUGGCAAGGAGGAGUCCGAAGAGGCUCUGGCGUCACUUCGACUGUCAGAAAAGAUUCACAUAAUGGGAUUCACGCGCGAAGCGAGAUACAUUACACAUUGCCUCGCUGGGACCCCUGAGCUGCCACCGCCACAAUUAUUGGCGCAUCAACGUGUCUUUGUCAACUCAUGGGGCACAAGCCGGCGCAAGUUGACUGUGAGCAGCAGAGAUGGCGGUCAUGCCGACAAUGAAAUACUCAUUCCUCAGUAUAUUGGAAAGUCUAGGAACCCGUGGCGCCCUGAACUCGAAAUGCCCAGGCUCAAACAUAUCGACAACUUGAUAAUCAGCACCGCUGAUAAUGCCAUCAUUCCCGCGCUCAUGAGAAUUCGCGACAGCAUCAACCAGGAUACUACGAUCUGUGUGAUUACUCCUGGUCUAGGAAUCGUUGAGUACUUGAACAAAGUCAUAUUUGAGGACCCGUCAACACGGCCAAACUUCAUUCUCGGAUACUCGAGUCAUUCUCUCCAGAAUGAUCCCAGAAACCCCAAGGACCCAUAUUCCCUAAGAAUCCGAAAGCGUGGCAGGCUAUUGCUAUCUGGGCUCUCCUUUCCAUCGGAAACAGAAUCUGGUACCAGUGAAGUGGCAACGUGGGAACGUGUUGCGCGCCGCGCUCGAACCCAGCACUUUCUCAAGCUCUUGGCCACGGUACCUGGUCUCGACACCACCAACUUGCCAAUGGCAAAACUACUCCGUUAUAAGCUACCACCCAUGAUAUUCUCGUCCAUUGCAGAUGCGAUAUCGGUCGCUCUCGGGUUUCCCUAUGAACGCCUCGUCAAUGACAGAUAUGCGCAGCGGCUGUGGCGGGAACUUUGGGAAGAGACAAUUGAAAUCAUUUCGGCAUUACCAGAACUCAAAUCGUCGCCCGAGGUUCUUUCCUAUUUUACGGGGCACAACUUUGCCACAGAAGUCAAUCGAUACUUGCGUGCACAGCGAGGCCCGAGUCCGUGGGCAAAAAUGGUUAGAAAUGGACUGCCACUUCCGAUACAGGGCUUAAACGGCUGGUUUGUGAAAAAGGCAGAGGAACUUGGACUCAGCUCUGUUCAUCACAGAGUCAUGAUGAAUAUGAUUCGAGCGAAAGAAGCAACUCGGAAAGAAGAGCUCAAGUCAGAUAUUCCCCUGUACCGGUCAUCGUACAUGCUGGAUACGGAUUAUCUAGAAAACGAUGAAGAAGUGCCACGGCAACUCGUGCACGUUGUAUAUACCAACAAAUAG